AAGCGAUGGUUAUCCAAGAUGGCGGACCAUAAAGAAAAAGAACCGAACGACAACAAACCAUCAGUCAGCCCAAAUAUGACCAGCACAACCACUCAAAGCACACAAUCUAAUCCCUAUGUAAAUGAUACUACCGCACGUAAUCCUAAUCUACUGAAUAACUCUCUAUAUUCGCUGUCUUCGUGGUAUUAUAUGCAGUCUUACUGUCAGUAUUAUUAUGCUUCUUGUUAUUUGUACAUGUACCAUUAUUGGCAAACCUUGGCUUCACAAAGUCCUACUCAGGUCACUAGUUCGACGGGGAAUCAUGUUCCUGGGAAUUCGGAACAGUACAGAGUUCAUGCAGAACGCUUCGGGCAAUUUCAACAAGUUAGAAUAGAAGGGUGUGAAGCAAGAGUUAGUACACUACAGAAGAGGAUACUUGCAGAAGUUGUUGAUUUUUUCUUUCUGUAUUUAACCAAGUUUUUAAUGUUCUCGAUAUUUUACAAUGACAUAGAAAAAUAUUCUCAACUACAAUAUUCACUCAUUGUGGAUGAAAAUACAAGUCUAAAGGACCUAGAGGAGCUUCUUAUUCAAGCUCUUGUUUACAGAUUCAUGGUGUUUGCUUAUGAGACUCUCUUCAUAGUUGGUGGUUUUUAUGGGAUUUUGGGUGGAGCAACUCCUGGUAAAUAUUUUGUGGGAAUAUUGGUGUUAUCGGCAGAGACAGUGGAAUUGAUUGACAUUGACGAUAGAGGAGAAAAAGUGAGAGUGGUGCCUGGCAUGAAUCCAGGAUGGUGGAGAGCAUCUCUGAGGGCACUCGUCAAGAACUUCUCUAUGACUUUUCUCUUUCCCGUUUUCUUAACGAUCUUCUUCUUCAAACAUAAUCGAACCAUCUACGAUAUCAUCUCUGGAACAGUCGUAGUUGACAAGGAGUCAUAUCGACAAAGACACCAGUGAAUGAAAAAUUACAAAGACUCUUCAUUAUAUAUUCCAUGUGCACUGUGCACUGCUGACAUGCUGGGAAACUAUUCUCUCUAAAUCUAAAUUAAAUCUUGUCAGAAAACUCAGUUUUCUAUCCUAAUUUCAAUUUCAUUUUAACUUUAUUUAAUAAUUAUAAAGUAAACAUAAGAGGGGGUGACAAAUGACAGUCACAACUUAGCACUGAUAAACUUGCAGCCCUCUAUGUUUAAUACCUAAUGUCAUGACACAGGACCGCCAUUUUAUGUCUGGUCAUCUGAGCCACUCAAGAAAUAACCGGAUAUUUUUUAGAACGAAGGCUGCAUCAUGGACUCAGCUAUUUUUAAUAAUGGGAGGUUCUUAUAUACAACGUCUCAAUGCUCUUUACAUUAUUUUAUGACCAGUGGAGGACUUUACUGGCUGCGUAUUUAGGCGCUAGUAGCAGCUGUGCAGCUUACAAUCAUGAGUGAUUUGUUAGCACAUUAGUGUUAUGCACCAGACAAAAAUAGGCUGUUGAACCGGGAGACAACCCCCUACUCUUACAUGAAUAAUUCAACAGGUUCUUUUAUGUCCCCCAUUUUACUGCAGGUAAUUAGGAAGGGUUGGGAGACAGGGCCUAUGGUUUAAAGUCCUUAUGCAAGAAGACUUGAAGGUCUAACCUUUGCAGAUACAUAUUAUUAUAAAGGCAGCACCUUCUCCUCAGUUAUUUUUUAAGACCCUGAGUAUUGGUCCAAUAUGAUUUUUCAAAGACCUUGUGUGUUGGCUCAGCUAAGGUUUGAACCCACUAACUUUCACACAAUAGGCAGUGAGUGCCCAAGUGAUUGUGAGGGGAUCUUAUUCAACUAUAUGACAUGUAAGUGUGAUUCAAUUAAUGCUUGUUAAUCGAAGUAUUAUGAUCAUCUGGGUGGAUGUGGUCCUGAGAAGGACUGAUUGAUGUAACUGUUUGAUGUGACUGAAAAUUAAUGCUACUGCACCACACCUCUAGUAAGGGCAAUAUCUGAAUGUAAUUAACAUUCAGAAUAUGAAUUUUAAUAGCUUCAUAUUGUUAAACGAUUAUUUAUAUAUUUUAAAAUUGAAAUCCUGAAUGCUUUGCAUGCUAACAGUGCGGACACUUGAACCAUGAACACUUCAAGGAUUAUCCAAUCACAGCUCUCUGUAGAAACAAAGGAAUCAAGCAUUUUUAGGCACCAUCCAAUCACAAAGAAAUGGGGAGAAAUCUUUAAAUGUUAUAGUUUUAGCUCACUCCAUGUGAACUUACAAACUGCUACAUCACGUAUUAAUGCGUGGUAGUAUGCAAAACUGUGGCACCAAGUGCAAACUUUCAAUAAUUUACAGAAAUAAAAAAAAUAUAUUGUUCAUUGAUGAAGUAGCUGUUUAUAAAAAUUAAUGAAACUUUAACAGCAACAACAACUCAAGAGACUCUGGAAUCGCACAUAAAAAUGCAGCAACCUCUGUAAGAAUCUGUCUUCUGAUUGGAUGAUUCCAAAAUUGUUAAAACACCUUGAAGUGUUCAUGAGUAUCUGCACAGUAAUAACUUCUUUAAACAAGAAAACUUAUUAAGAUGUUAUAAAAUCAUAAUCAAAUAAUGUACAUUUAUUAGCUAGAAAAAAUAAAGGGCUUUUCUGUUCA